AUGGAGAAGUCAGAUUUGCAAAAAUGGGACCUUUUGCCUCCUGGUGGACAGAUCCUCACAUUUGGUUUACACAUCCUCCCUUCAGCUGGUAAUGGACUUGACACAGUUAUGGAGUUUGUGAACCUUGAAUCUGAAGGCAACCUUGAUGGAGGUAUAGCUGCUCAGCCAGAAGAAUCAGCCCAAUCUGCAGAUCUACAAGAUCCUGAGCUUGGCCAUAAGCAUAGGACUACAACAAAGAUGGAAAGCAAUCAGGGGCAUGAUGAAGUGCCAUGUCCUAGUAACUACACUUCAUGGAAAGAGUGUUUUCAUGAAAAGGUACAACAAAGGUGUCUGAGUCUGCAGGAGACAAAGGUGAAGUUGGUUCAAGCACAAAAGGCAGAAGAAGCAAAGGUGAGGAGGAGAGAACCCGGGGACUGGCUGGCCAGAGAGUGGUACAGUGAGGAGGAGACGACACUCAAUACUCGCAUCUAUUUGCUUGACAGCCUCCUCCCUACAUUAAUCCCAGGAGUAGAAAAUUUGUUAAUGGAAGUGGAAAGAAACCACGUGCUUGUAUCAGACCAAGAACCAACCAGAUUUAAUCCCAUUAAUUAUCUUGGAGAAUACCUGAUGAGGCAUAACCCUCAGUAUAUUGUUCCUCCAAAACCAGGCCCAUACCUGCGAGAAAUGAAGGUGGUCUCGGAGGAGCUCAAAUCUUUGAAGCAAGGUACAACAUCACAGAGGCUGGCCCAGAUGAAGGCUGAGGCAAAGAACAGACGUGAGGAAAGGGAGGAGAUGGAGAGACAGAGAGCUGAGGAGACAGCAAGGAGAAAGGAGGUGUUGACAGAUCUGUUCAAGGAGUGGAUAGUGGAUGGCAGAGACAGAAUCCCAGCAGCACUGGUUCAGAGUGCCAUGAGGUUUUUUCCAGAUGUCACUGAUGUUAUUCCUGAAGAUAUGAGAAAAGCAACCCAUGACAGGAUGCUGAAAAUCUUAAACACGUUGGAAAAAACAGUAAGGCUAAAUGAGUUCACAAAGAGCCCCCAACGGUCUGGCACAAAGCUAUGGACACCAAGGGAAAUGCUCAUAUUGCCUUUGCAGGGUCAGAACCAGGCUUUAAAGCUUGUCCUUUCCUACAUUGAAUAUGUUUCAAGUGACAAGUUCCAGGAAAUCAUGGAAUAUCUCCUCAAGUGUUUUGAGGACUUCCAAGAAGCAACAAAACAUGAUACAAGGAGGCAAAUUUUUACUGACCUCUUCCACAUUUGUGAUUAUCGAAAGGUUGGUGCCUUGGAUAGACAAAAAAUACUGGCCCUACUGAGAGACUUCUACGACAGAAGCCCUGUGACUGAUGAGGGGGAAUUUUGGAACCCCAGAGAAUGGCCAAUAAUUGAGCUGCAAGAUAUUAAUCUUAUGGAUUUCUGGGGAAGCCUUGGUGACCAGGAGGUUUGUGAGGAACUCAGUGAAAAUUUGGUCUUGUCUCAAACAGAAAUUUCUGAGGGAGAGAUUUUAGGAAAUGAAUCUGUAGAUGAUAAUAGGCAAGGGACUGACAGAAUGAGUACCAGUGUUGCAGAGGGAGUUGUUGAAGAAAUGGCUACUGAUUUGGAUGGAGAUACCAUCCACAGUGAGAAAUCCUGUGAGGACACCAAAUCCCAUGAAGAUACCAAAACUGAGAGGGAAGCUGAGUCUGGAACUGUAGACAGACAGGAUGAAGCUCUCUCAGGAUCAGCCUCUGCUGGAAGCAUUGUCACUACAGAUGGAGAACCUGGAUCUGGAAAACCAGAGGAAUCCGUCCUGGGCAGAGAGCCUGAGAUGGAAACAAAACCAGAAGGAGAUUGUUCCUCAGCCAGAGAACCUGGAUCAGAAGAGCAAGUUAGUCAAGAGGACAGUGGAGUUACAGAGACAGCACCUGAAGCUACAACCACGGCCUCAGGAGACAGAGCCAUGAUGGACACGGACGUCACUGAUUCCCAACAGGAUGCUCCAGCUGCAGAGGCUGUGAAAGAAACACCUGCAAGCAAUGAGAGCCAGUCUGACCAACAGCCAACCACAGAGACAAGACUGCAGGAUGAGGACCUCUUGCAUGACCAGGACUCAGGUCCCAGUGUGGCAGAGAUUCAGAACUCUAAGGAUUCUUGUACUAAGAGUUCCUUUGCUGCAAGCUGCCUCACCCUGCCACAGUUUGUACAGCUCAUGGACAAUUUCGUUGGUGAAGACAUUCCUCUGCCUACUGUGAAGAGGCUUGCUGCAUUUAUCAAAGGAGAAUACAAACAGACAGAAGAGGAAAAAAUGAAACAAAUAGAAAAAGCUCACCACAUGUCCCACAUGGCCCAAAGGAAACAGCUUUUGGAGGCACUUUUUGAAAAGUGGGACAGCAAUGCAUGUGGGUCUCUGGACCUGGAAGAGGUGGUUGCUGUUCUGAGCACAUUCAAGGGAGACGUGGGAAAAGAGGCCUUGAUGAAAGCAAAGGAACAGCUUUGCUCCCAAUACCCACAGCUCAGUAGAGUGGGGAAGCUAUCCCCAAAGGCAUUCCAGACUUUCCUUGAGUUAAUUGCUUCCAAGUUCACUGGCAAUGAGGAUGAAUCUAUUGAUAACUUAGUGAGAUUCCUGACCACAACUGUGGAACAAAGUCACACCAAGAGCUCGCAAAGCUCAGCCAGGAGGAAAUGGCUGCAGGAUAUCCAGCAAGCAGCUGAGAUGGGCGGAACAAGCAUGGAACCAGUGUACAAAGCAGUGAUUAAGACUCUGACCCAGGACAUGGAAGCCCAUGGGGAUAACAAGAGGAUCAGUGCAUAUAUUGCCCUUUUGGAAGAGAACAGGCUCUCCCCAGAGCAGGGCCAGGCUGUCCUGCGUUACGUGGCCUGUACCGCAGAUGAUGCUCCCUAUGUCCUAAACCAAGUACUGCACAGAGACAUGAAAGGGGUCAGCUUUGCAGCCGUUGAUCAGGGAAAGCCAAUCUAUGUUCCAAGAGUUCAGCACCACGGAAACAUUCAUUUCUGGAACCCUGACCGAAAGGAGGAGAGGAGAGGUUCACUCCUGGUGCUGCCCCUGUAUGAUGCUCAUUGGAGAGUUUUUGGCAUUCUAGGACUUGACACUCUUCAGGACCAGAGUCAGAAGUCCAUCUUCCUGAGCCAUGAGAUCACUUUCUAUGAGGGAGUUUGCCAUGCAUUCAGCAAAGCCUACCACCAUAUCUGCAUGUGGGAAAAUGUCCUUCAAGUGGCUGUCACUGCUCUGGACUGGUUGUAUCCCAGGACACCCAGCAUCCACGCUGUCACAACCUAUCUGGUGACACCUGGCAAAGACAAGAACUAUGCUCUGUGCAGGGUGAUCACUACAGAUAACACAGGACAAAAGGAAAUCCACAGCUCUCCUGUUGUUCUCCUCAGAAACGAAGACGUCCUCAGAGAUUACCUGUUCAAGUGUACAGACAGUUCAGAGGUCACUCUCACUUCUGUCUAUGGAGAACACCAUAUUGCAGUACCUCUUCAUGACCUAUCAAGGAAAACUCUUGGCAUAUUUGAUAUCAGCAUUGGACAGCACAAGAAAUUACCACGCCAGGAACAGAAAGACCUGCAGAAAAUGCUGAAGAUGGCCCAAGCUGCCUGCUCGGAGAUCCUGCAGAGGUCUCUAGAGGAAACACAACCAACACAAGUGCUGGAGGCAGAACGUGUGGCAAAUGUGAAGCACGCAGGGAUUCUGUUCCACCGGUUCAUGCUGCAGGAGCUGCGUGAGUGUUUCCAGAAACUCAAUGCUGAGAGCUUUGCUGGAAUAAAGAGCUGUGCAGAACCCCCAGCUCUGGUACACGAUGUAGUUAAGGCUGUGCUGCUGCUUUUGCAUCCCGACUGGAAGGGCUCAGAGGAAACUGAGAGCUGGAAUCAGUGUAAACUGAAACUUGAUGACAAUUUGAUUCAGGAGGUUUAUUGCUUUGAUCCAACUGCUUCAUCCGUGCAAGUUAAAGCAGAGCUGCUGCUGGACCUCAUCACUGGUGUCCCACAAGCAGCAGAGUGGCAGCAGAACUCUGCUCCAGCUGAAUACCUGUACCAGUGGCUUCACACCUGCCUGGCACUUGUGCAGAUCACAAAAAGCCAACGCACUGAAAAAAAACAUCCUUAG